AUGAAGAGAUUCUCUACAAAUUUUAUCAGGAUUAACAAAGCUCACCGUAGCAUGGCUGUUCUUGAAAACAAAGAGGAAGGAGAGAGACAGUGGCAUGUGGUUCAAGAGGAUGUCUAUGAGGUAGUGCUUAGUUUUCUCAAAACUGGCAAAUUGUUGCAAGCUUGGAACUGUACAGCUGUAACUCUUGUACCAAAAGUCCAAAAUCCUACUCAUGUGAAAGAUUUUAGACCCAUAGCCUGCUGCACUACUUUGUACAAGGUUACUACAAAAUUUUUGAAAAAUAGACUUAAAACAGUUAUGAGGGACCUUAUUGGUGGAUCUCAGUCACCUUUUGUGGAGGGUAGAUGCAUUACUGACAGCAUUAGUUCACACAUGAAAUGUUCAAGAAUGAUGAUUGAUUUGGGCUUCCCUCAUCAGUUUGUUAUGUGGAUAAUGGAGUGUAUCUCUACUGUUUCAUAUUCAUUGACACUGAAUAGGGGAGUAACAAAACUAUUCCAAGGGAAGAGGGGUGUAAGACAAGGGGACCCAAUGUCCCCUUAUCUCUUUAUGCUAGAAGUGGAGUACUUGCAAAAGGAGUUUGAUCAGCUAGCAUUAAACAGGGCCUGCUACUUUCAUCCCAGAUGUAAGAGAUUAGGAAUUAUUCACAUAUGUUUUGCUUAUGAUCUCUUGAUGUUCUGUAGGGCUGAUCUAAAUUCUGUUAGACUACUGCUGGACACAUUAACUAGGUUCGCCCUUGGUUUUGGCCUACAAGCAAAUGCAGAAAAAAGUUCAGUAUAUGUGGCUGGUGUUUCAAAUUACUUGAAUAUGGACAUCAUUCAGGCUGUAGGAUUUUCUGAAGGACUGUUGAAAUUUGGUAUUACAGUGCCUCAAACUUGUGUGUUUUGUGGUCUGACUGAUGAGCUAUUUGAGCUUCUGUUUUUUACUGUCCAUAUGUCAAGGGUUUGUGGUUCAGACUACUGGUUUGGUUGGGACAACACAGAACUAUGGGAGACUGAUAGACUGAAAUCACUUUGA